AUGGGCUCUAAGGGUCUCAUUUUGGCUUUUAUAGCCUUGUUUUUGGCUAUAAUGAUCACUUCCGAGGUAUCUGCUCGGCAGUUGGCUGAAGAGAAUUCUUCCCAAGUUGAAGAACCAAAAACAACUGAGACUACUGCAGGCUUUGAGGAAGACAAGCACUAUGGAGGGGGCUAUGGCGGAUACCGAGGUGGAGGAUAUGGUGGCGGAUAUGGUCGUGGUGGUGGUUAUGGUGGCGGAUAUGGUGGCGGCUAUGGUCGUGGAGGUGGUUACGGUAGAGGUGGCGGCUAUGGCCGUGGAGGUGGUUACGGCCGAGGAGGCGGCUACGGUGGUGGCGGUGGCUAUGGCGGAGGUGGCGGCUAUGGUGGUGGCGGGGGUUAUGGAGGUGGUGGUGGUUAUGGCGGCGGUUAUGGAGGUGGCUAUGGUGGCGGUAAUGGUGGCUUUGCUAGUCAGGCUGAUGAGCCCUAA